AUGGGUGGACUUGUGAGCGAUAGUAAGGAGAAAGCCCAGUUGCUUUGUGAACACAAGGCCUUCGAUACUGUUCCACAUAAAAAGGUCCUACAGAAACUGGAGCAGUAUGGCAUAAAUGGUAACAUAAACCACUGGCUCGAGGACUUCCUUACAGAUAGGAGCAUGAAAGUUGUUGUGGAAGGAGAUAAAUCGGAACCGGCAACAGUCGACCCUGGAGUACCACAGCGCACAGUCCUCGGCCCCUUGCUAUUCCUUUGCCACAUCAACGAUCUACCCGACUCAGUCAAGUCCUCAAAUGGCCGGCACUCAAAAUCACCAGUGCCGAGUGCAACUUUUUCUUCGGGUCACAUGAUCAACAAAAUGGCGGAUUUGCAUCAACCUGUUUCUUCGGAAAACAUUUUAAAUUCUAAAACUGCAGCCGACAGGAAGCGAUGCACUUCGUGUACAUGUGGAAUCCAUGUGCCAAAUUACGAAUACUCUCCUAGUGAAUCUUUGUUGCAAAUCCCUUCACAUGCAUCACUUGCCACCUCAGACACUCACUGCCAUGAGAGAAAGUCCAGACCAGACAUCGACCGUCGAGCCAGACGCAAGCUGAUCAUUGCCUGUGUUCUGUCCCUUUGCUUCAUGAUAGCUGAAGUCCUGGGGGGUAUACUUGCGCACAGUCUGGCCAUCGUGUCCGACGCGGCACAUCUUCUCACGGACCUCGCCAGUUUCCUCAUCAGUCUGCUGGCUGUCUACCUCUCAUCACGACGCGCUACCAAGAAGCUCAGCUUUGGCUGGUACAGAGCUGAGAUCCUGGGUGCCCUGAUGUCAAUCCUAUUCUUGUGGGUGGUGACGGGUGUGCUGUGCUACAUGGCGGUUGAGAGAGUCAUAGAUCGCACGUUUGAAGUGAAUGCCACCAUCAUGCUGAUAACAGCAGCCUGUGGGGUAGCUUUCAACUUGCUAAUGGGGAUCACACUGCACGGAGGUCACGGUCAUUCGCAUGGGGGUCAUCACCAUAGCAAUCAUAAGAACAGAUACUCUGGGUCUGACACAGAUAUUGAGAAGGUGCGACUCACAUCUGAAGAGUCUAUUCAAGAGAGUAGUUCAUCAUAUGGAGCGCUUUCAAAUGCUUCAGGUUCUGAUUACAAGUUGGAGGUUCUGGGUACCGACCACAAGACAAACAUCAACGUGAAGGCAGCCUUCAUCCACGUUAUUGGAGACCUCAUACAGAGUAUAGGAGUGCUCAUCGCAGCUUUCAUCAUCUAUUUCAAGCCAGAAUGGAAGCUGGCAGAUCCAAUAUGCACCUUUGUGUUCUCAGUCAUCGUUUUGGUAACCACGGUAACCAUCAUGAGGGAUAUUCUGGUCGUGCUAAUGGAAGGUACGCCUCGUUCUGUGAAUUUCAAGGCCAUUCAACAGAGCCUCAAGGGUAUGGCAGAGGUCAAAGAAAUCCACGACCUUCGUAUCUGGUCGCUCUCCAUGGACAAGGUCGCCCUAUCUGUGCACAUUGCAGUUGCAAGGUCAUCUGACAUCUUUGCCAUUCUGCAGAAGGCAUCGUUAAUGAUCCGAGACCAGUUUGGCAUCACAAAUACCACCAUCCAAGUGGAGGAAUACGUGACAGACAUGCUUGACUGCACGCACUGUAAAGACCUUCCAGACUGAACGAACUAAGCUUCUCAUAGCGGUGGCUUGGUGUAGUUAAAGGCUACCUCAUAUGUGUGAACCCUUUACCGCUCAGAAACGCACUUUGACGCAUUUGAAGUCCUUUACAAAAUCAAAUUUAGUUAAGGUCCUUUUUUUGUCCCCCACCACUAUAGUGGGGGACAUAUUGUUUUUGCUAUAUCUGUUGGUUUGUGUGUUUGCGUGUCUGUUUGCGUCAAACUUUAACAUUUGCCAUAACUUUUGCAAUAUUGAAGAUAGCAACUUGAUAUUUUGCAUGCAUGCGUAUCUCAUGGAGCUGCACAUUUUGAGUGGUGAAAGAUCAAGGUCAAGGUCAUCCUUCAACGUCAAAGGUCAAAUAUAUAGCUUCAAAGCAGUGCAGAAGGGGACAUAGUGUUUCUGACAAACACAUAUUUUGUUUAAUAUAUUCAAGUUUUAAAGGCUUCUUUUCCAACCCUAAGAAACUGAUGAGCAGCAAACAGCAUAAAACCUGAGCAGACUGCGAGUUACUCGCAGGCUGUUCCGGUUUUAUGCUGCCUGAACAUAGCCAUUUUCACUUUACUUCUGAGUGGGGAAGGGUUCAAGAUUGUGAUUGACAGUUAUUGGUAAAUAUUUCAUGGGUAAAUAAUGUCUCAUGGUUGCAAUAUCCCAUCAGAUAUUAUCAUAUACUUGCAUCAUCGAAUAUGGUUCAUGUAAUCGAUGUGAGUGAUGGUCAGAUUUAUCAUUGGUUUAUCUAAAUAAGUGAACUAUGCCUCCAUUCUCAGUUUAAUUUUGCCGUGCUCUGUGAAAAGUGGGUUGAAAAGCAUGUGCAAAGUGUCGUCCCAGAUUAGCCUGUGCAGUCUGCACAGGCUAAUUAUGGACGACACUUUACGCCUAAACUAGAUUUCUGCUAAGAAGAGAUUUUCUUGAAACAAAAAAUAUCAUAAAUGUGGAAUAGUUUGUCCCUGAUUAGCCUGUGCAGACUGCACAAGCUAACUUGGGAAAACACUUUGUGCACAUGCAUUUAACCCCCUUUCAACAGAGCACGGGUCAUUUAUUUUAUUUUUUUCAUAAGCCUUCUCCUGUAUAGUCUUGUUUACUCUUAUUUUCAGAUAAAAAGUGAAUUGUCAUGUUAAUUUGAUAUUAUGUUAUUACUGUUUGUAACCUCAGAAUGGAUUUCAUGUAACAUUUUAUGCAUUCAAUUUGAGCAUCAUUUAUGUGAACAUUGUAACAUUUCUUAAGAAAUAAUUUUCUAUUGCUCAUUGUUCAUCUGUCAAUAGACAAUGAUUUGGACUUCCUAGACAAUGAUUUGGACUUCCUAGACAAUGAUUUGGACUUCUUUGAUAUUGAUAUAGAUUCAUUGAAAUAAUUUGGUCUGCUGAUAGGUUGGAUUUAAAUCAUGAAUGCAAAAAUCCUAUUGACUUACAACUACAAGGAUUUUUUGAUUGUUUAAUAAUGCUAAUGCUAUAAUUAUUUAUUGUCAAAUGAUUUGACGUAAUUUCUGUACAUAAGCAAUAAAAACUUCAUAUUAUUCAGCUGCGCUCAGAUUUGGUUUGUCAAUGUGCAUUGUUGAUGCAUAUAUUGAAAAUGCUUGUUUUGUUAUCAUAUAAGCGUCAUGUUUGAACAAGUGUUUUGCAAUUUAUAAGUUGUAUUACGAUUCAGUGUCUAGUCUCUUUUCACAAGCUGUUUACACUUGCAAUUGUGUUGUAUACUUUUUCUUCUUUUUGUAUUUUGACGAGCUAUAUUGUUGACACUCAGUGUACCAACAUCAUGUGAUUUGUGUAUCAACAUCAUGUGAUAUUUCUACCAACAUUAUGUUCUAUAUCUACCAACAUCAUGUGGUAUUUCUACCAACAUCAUGUGCUAUGUCUUCCAACAUCAUGUGAUAUGUCUACCAACAUCAUGUGAUGUGUCUUACCAACAUCAUGUGCUAUUUCUACCAACAUUAUGUGCUAUAUCUACCAACAUCAUGUGAUAUUUCUACCAACAUCAUGUGCUAUGUCUACCAACAUCAUAUGAUAUUUCUACCAACAUCAUGUGCCAUGUCUACCAACAUCAUUUGAUGUGUCUACCAACAUCAUGUGAUAUUUCUACCAACUUCAUGCUAUAUGUCUACAAACAUCAUGUGAUAUGACUGUGAGUGUACCAACAUCCAAUGAAAAAUUGAGUUGUUAACAUAGUUAUGUGCAAGCAGUUUUCCUCUAAACAGUAGUGCUUUUAACCUUUUUGUGCAGUCUUUAUAGCAUAUAAAAUAUGGGGCAGUUUUGAGUAGGGAGGACACAUAUUUAUAUUCUCUUAUUUUUUAUCUAUAGAGGUUUGACAUCACUUCUCUGGAAUGACUUCUAUACCAAGAAUAGACAACCAGACAAUGCACACCUUUCAUUGUAAAAUUUGCAAACACUUAGAUCUGGAACACAGGAAAAUGAAAAAAAUGUAUCAGCAAGCUAUUUCCUAGAACUACGCCCAUAUAUAUAUAUUGCCUGCAAUUAAAAAAAAUUAAGUCCCAUAAUAGUUUCAAUGCUGGAUAUCUAGAAUGAGUUAAAACCUUGUCAAAUAUUGAUUAUUUUAACAGUUUUACCAUAAACUAGCAUCAUUCAUAUUUCUAUGUUUCACUUUUGGAAACCGUGAAAUAUCAUUUUAGAUCAGUGAUUUUUCUGUAUUAAAAACAUUGUACCAUUGUAGUUUGAAAGUAGGGGCCGCUGUUUGAAUGAGGCUUUCAUUCCCUUCGCCACAUUUUGAGAUUUCUGCAGAAAGCUGAAAUUUUAAUUGAGUUGCACUCUGGGAAAAUGGUGCUUAAUGCAUGCAAGUGUUGUACCAGGCUAUUCAGGGGCAAACUUGUCGUUUAAAGAAAGUUUCUUAUGAAGGAUAGUCCAGUCUCUGUGGAAAGUAUUGUUCCUUGAUGAGCCUGUGCAGACUGCACAGGCUGAUCUUGGCCGACACUUUUUGAAAACGUAUUAAGUCCAGUUUUCACAUAGUGUAGCUCAAUUAUUAUUUGUCCUUGUAAAUAAAUAUGAUGCAAAAUAAUCCUACGGUAUGCCUUUACAUUUUGGUCAUUAUUCUUUAAAAAAAAGGGGGGGGGGGGUAUACUUGCCUGUGUAUGACUUUUUGCAAUUAAUUGAUCAUUUUAUUGCAACAUCUAUUAUAAUAAAAAUGUGUGUAUUUUUGUGCCCCCCCUCCCCCCUCAAAGAAGAGAGGGAAUAUUUUUUUGCUGGAUGUCGGUUGGUCUGCCUAUUGAAACUCGGGCCACUGGGUCAAAGGUCAAAGUCACUGUCACACUAAUUGUGAAAUCAUUUCCAAUCAAUAACUCGUCAACUGAUUCACUGAUUUACUUGAUACUUCCCAUGUGCAUUGGCCUUGGACAGGGGUUUACCCGUUUCAAAAUUUAGGUCACUGGGUCAUGGUCCCUGUCACAAUUAGUGUGAAAAUAGUUUCUGCUCAAUAACUCGUCAACUGAUUCACUGAUUUACUUGAUACUUCCCAUGUGCAUUGGCCUUGGACAGAAGUUGACCCCUAUUAAAAUAUGGGUCACUGGGUCAAGGGUCACAAUAAGUGUGAAAACAGUUUCUGAUCAAUAACUCAUCAAAAAAUUGACUGAUUGGCUUGAUACUUCACAUGGGUAUUGGCCUUGGACAGAGGAUGGCUUCUAUUGAAAUUGGGGUCACUAGUUUUAAAGUCAAGGUCACUGUGACAAAAAUAUGAUAAGAUAAAAGGGGCCGUCCAACAGAUAAAGCGUUGUAUUGACGCGAUUCAAUAUUUUGGGAAACUACGAGGAUUGCUUAUAUAGCUAAACAAUACAUCCACUCUGAAUGUGAGCGUGGAUGGUCUAGUGGUCCAGGCCGGAGGCUAUUUACUCCAGGAAUCCAGGGGUCAGUGGUUCGAACCCUGUUGAGGGUUUCUUUUUUUCCCUUUUUUAUGCCCCCCUUCAAGAAGAGGGGGUAUAUUGAUUUGCUCAUGUCGGUCGGUCGGUCUGUCGGUCGGUCCGUCCACCAGGUGGUUGUCAGACGAUAACUCAAGAACGCUUGGGCCUAGGAUCAUGAAACCUCAAAGGUACAUUGAUCAUGACUCGCAGAUGACCUCUAUUGAUUUUGAGGUCACUAGGUCAAAGGUCAAGGUCACGGUGACCCGAAAUAGUAAAAUGGUUUCCGGAUGAUAACUCAAGAAUGCAUACGCCUAGGAUCAUGAAACUUCAUAGGUAGAUUGAUCAUGACUUGCAGAUGACCCCUAUUGAUUUUGAGGUCACUAGGUCAAAGGUCAAGGUCACGGUGACCCGAAAUAGUAAAAUGGUUUCCGGAUGAUAACUCAAGAAUGCAUACGCCUAGGAUCAUGAAACUUCAUAGGUAGAUUGAUCAUCACUCACAGAUGACCCCUAUUGAUUUUGAGGUCACUAGGUCAAAGGUCAAGGUCACGGUGACCCGAAAUUGUAAAAUGGUUUUCGGAUUACUCAAGAACGCAUACGCCUAGGAUCAUGAAACUUCAUAGGUAGAUUGAUCAUGCCUUGCAGAUUACCCCUAUUGAUUUUGAGGUCACAAGGUUCAAGGUCAAGGUCACUUUUACCCGAAAUAGUAAAAUGAUUUUCGGAUGAUAACUCAAGAACGCUUUUGCCUAGGAUCAUGACACUUCAUAGGUACAUUGAUCGUGACCCGCAGAUGACCCCUAUUGAUUUUCAGGUCAAAGGUCAAGGUCACAGUGACAAAAAUCGUAUUCACACAAUGGCUGCCACUACAACGGACAGCCCAUAUGGGGGGCAUGCAUGUUUUACAAACAGCCCUUGUUUUGAAUUGUAUUCUUUUUUUUUACUGGAGAUUUAUAGUUCAAAUGUUUAAAUUUAUGAAUAUAAAGCAUUUAAAGCAUUUGAUGACAAGCUUAAAUACAUGCCAAAAUCUGUUGGAUGGCCCCUUUAAAUCUUAUGGUCAGUUUUGUUGCAAAGUAUGCUGUGUUUAAGCCCUGUUUGGGGGGGGGGGGGCAUUUGUCUCUGACCGUGGGGCUCUUGUUUAAGCUUAAUUUUUUGGGUAUAAAAAUGUAAGAUUAUGUCUUAAGAUUUAACUCAUAAAUGUUUCUAGUCAUUUGUCAGAACUGCCAUUUGUUUCUUAAAAUGUUUCUAUGUAACCUUGUUUGAACCAUUGACUGUGCAUGCUGUUAAUAGUAUAUGUGUAAUAGAAAUUGCAUUAUGCUAUCAGAUAUAUUGUGCACUAUUUUCUUGUCGAUUGACAUACAUUAUAAAGCAUGUUGAUAUAUAUGAAACACAGCUCAAUCUGUAUUAGAAAAAUACAUUUUGUUUGUAUAGAUUGCUGAUGUUAUUUACAAGUUUCAAUAAAAUUGUAUCAACACA